AUGUCAACUAUCGAUACUUCCAAGUUUUCCAACUUUAACCUUCUACAAAAGGAGAUUGAUACUCAAACUGCUGAAAUUGAAAAAUGGUGGUCACAUCCCAGAUGGUCUCAAACAAAACGUCUUUACAAUGCAAGAGAUAUUGCCGCCAAGAGCGGUACUUUCCCCAAAAAUGAUUAUCCAUCUUCCAUCCAAGCCAAAAAGUUGUACAAUGUUUUAGAAAAGCAUAAUGAGCAAGGUACCACCGCGCGUACCUUUGGUGCUCUAGAUCCUGUUCACGUUACGCAGAUGGCAAAAUAUCUCGACACUAUCUACGUUUCCGGCUGGCAAUGUUCUUCAACGUCCUCCACUUCAAAUGAACCAGGCCCCGACUUGGCCGACUAUCCUAUGGAUACCGUUCCUAACAAAGUGGAACAUUUGUUUAAGGCUCAGCAAUUCCAUGAUAGAAAGCAGUUGGAGGCACGCUCCCAUGCAACUUCUCAAAGCGAAUUGGAUGCAAUGGGACCUGCAACCGAUUAUCUAACACCUAUCGUCGCUGAUGCCGAUGCUGGCCAUGGUGGGUUAACCGCUGUUUUCAAACUGACCAAAAUGUUCAUCGAAAGAGGCGCCGCCGGUAUUCACAUGGAAGAUCAAACUUCUACCAAUAAAAAAUGUGGACAUAUGGCAGGGAGAUGCGUCGUGCCGGUACAAGAGCACGUUAAUCGUUUGAAUACAAUUAGAAUGUGUGCCGAUAUUAUGAGAUCCGAUUUGGUCAUUGUUGCACGUUCCGAUUCGGAGGCGGCUAAUUUGUUGUCAUCCUCGAUCGACCCCAAGGAUCAUUAUUACAUCGUCGGAGCUACUAAUCCUGAAGUUGACGAUGAGCCGUUUGCCGAAGUAAUGGAUCGUGCCAUCUUAGAAGGUAAAUCAGGGGAUGAAUUGCAACAAAUUGAACAGCAAUGGAUAGCUAAAGCGGGUCUUAAAUUGUUCCAUGAAGCCUUCAGAGAUGAAGUGGAAAAGUCGGAUAUACCUAACAAAGGAGAAGUUCUAGACAAAUUUAACUCUCGCGUGGGGCCAUAUUCAGGCGUUUCCAUCCGUGAACAGCGCAAGUUGGCUUUGGAACUAAUUGGUCGCCCCAUCUAUUUCGAUUGGGAUGUCCCUCGGGUCCGCGAUGGUCUCUACCGUUACCAAGGUGGCACCAAGUGUGCCAUUAUGAGAGCCCGCGCAUUUGCUCCUCAUGCAGAUUUGGUCUGGAUGGAAUCUAACUAUCCCGAUUACGAGCAAGCAAGAGAGUUUGCCGAAGGCGUUCGUGAAGUCUUCCCCAAUAAGAUGUUAGCCUACAAUUUGUCUCCAUCUUUCAACUGGACGACUGCAAUGUCUGUUGCCGAACAAAAAACCUUUGUGGAAAGAUUGGGCCGUCUGGGCUAUUGUUGGCAAUUUAUUACAUUAGCUGGCAUUCACACAACUGCAUUGGCAGUGCAUAACUUCGCCCGCGACUACGCGCAAAGGGGUAUGGAAGCCUAUGCGCAAGAUGUUCAGAAGGUAGAAAUGAAUAACGGCGUCGAUCUCUUAAAACAUCAACAGUGGUCGGGCGCAAGUUAUGUCGAUUCACUCUUAAAACUCGCACAGGGAGGUGUUUCCGCAACUGCUGCCAUGGGCAAGGGUGUGACAGAAGACCAAUUCAAGGCAAAUUCGUAA